GGGCUGGCCGGGAGGGGCCAGAGGCUCGCGAGGGGCGGGGGCGGCGCGCGGCGGUGGAACGUAGGGGAGGGGACCAGAGAGGAGGGGAUGAGCAAACCAGAGGGGAGAGGUGGGGAGACCCGCCGCCUCCUCCCUCGCUCGCUCGCUGACUUGCUCCCUCCCGGGCUGCGGCUGCUGCAGCGGCAGCAGGAGCAGUCCGGAGACCGGCGUCGAGGGUUUGCUGCUGUCUCUGUUAUUCCAUCCUCCCCCCCACCCCCCACCCCCGGGGGGCCCUCACCCCUCUCAAGAUGGCAGCCAGCAGCUCUGAGAUCUCUGAGAUGAAGGGGGUUGAGGAGAGUCCUGAGACCCAGGGAGAAGGGCCUGGCCAUUCUGAAACUGAAACUGGCCCUCUCCAGGUCCUAGCAGGGGUCCCAGACCAGCCAGGGGCCCUGGAGCCAGGCUCAGACACCACUGGGACCUCUAUGGACUCAGGGCCUAAGGCUGGGCUGGCUCCAGAAACCACAGAGACCCCAGCUGGGGCCCCAGAAACAGCCCAGGCCAGAGACCUCAGCUUAAGCCCAGGAGGGGAAUCAAAGGCCAACUGCAGCCUGGAAGAAGCAUGCCAAGAGCCAGCAUCCAAGCCAGAAGUGAAAGAAGAGGCCACUGCAGACCAGGGGGCCCAGCUGGAGUCUGCAGCCCCGCCUGAACCAGCCUCUGAGCCUGCUCCCCAGCUGGACCCCCAGCCAGAGCCCCAGCCAGGUUCCCAGCCCACCCCCAAGCCAGCUUCCCAGCCAGAGGCCCCCACCCAGGAGGACCCCACCCCUGAGGUCCUAACUGAGAGGGUAGGGGAAAAGCAAGAGAAUGGGGCAGUGGUCCCACUGCAGGCUGGUGAUGGUGAAGUAGUCCCAGCCCCCCAGCCUCACUCACCACCCUCAACAAAAUCCCCCCCAGCCAAUGGGGCUCCCCCCCGAGUGCUGCAGCAGCUGGUUGAGGAGGAUCGACUAGGAAGGGCUCACAGUGGGCGUCCAGGAUCUCCCCGAGGUAGCCUGAGCCGCCACCCCAGCUCCCAGCUGGCAGGGCCUGGGGUGGAGGGGGGUGAAGGCACCCAGAAACCUCGGGACUACAUCAUCCUUGCCAUCUUAUCCUGCUUCUGCCCUAUGUGGCCUGUCAACAUCGUGGCCUUCGCUUAUGCCGUCAUGUCACGGAACAGCCUGCAGCAGGGAGAUGUGGAUGGGGCCCAGCGUCUGGGCCGCGUGGCCAAGCUCUUAAGCAUCGUGGCGCUGGUGGGGGGGGUCCUCAUCAUCAUCGCCUCCUGCGUCAUCAACUUAGGCGGCCCCGCCCCCUUCAUCUCCCCUUGGCAUCCUCUUCUCCAGCCUCCUGCCAUCAUUUAUUCUGCAAAAACUCCAGCACUUAGAUCAGGCUGGGGAAGGGGGAGUAGUCUCGGAGGGGGCUCCCUAGCCCCGGGCUCCGACUGUUCUCUGCUGGGACCACUCAGGCCCAGACGCCCCCAGGGUGCCUUGCGGCUUGCAGAGCUGGCAAGCCAGGCCUUGUUUGGGAACUUGUGCAAGGGUGGCCAGUACUGGCUCCUAACGCGCACAGGGAAGGAAGGAGCGCUGCGGCUGACCCUUGCCUGGUCAGCCUGAGUUGACUCCCCUGACCUGGGCUUUUUAACCCCGGCCAGUGAGUUUCUUUCUUCAAGGUGUUGAGGAUAGGGUCAUUCAUGUGCUUUGUAAGGAAAGAAUCCAAAAAAAUAGGACCAAAGCUCCCAGCUGCAGGGAGCGAAGGAGGGGCGGGGAGCUCUAUAAUUAUUUUCUAAGAUGACAAGGGAGGUUUGUUGCACGCGACAGCCCGCAGAGGAGGCGGAGACCCAGCUACAAGGAGGUUUCGAGUUGGCGGGUUGGUUUUUUUUUUCCUAAAAAAAGAUUGGGGGAAAAAACUAAAAUUCUUUUUUAAAAGGAUAUAUCAAACUGAUUUCUCCCUUUUUGUAUGCCGGAUGCUGCAUGAGUCUGAAACACCAAUAAACGGAGACUGCAUGA